AUCUCCCAUCCCUCCUGCCAAUCAUCCCCUGACGAGACGACUCCUUUCUUGCCAUUCACGAUUCUAUCGUCUUCACCUCUCUCUCUCUUUUUCUCGACAGGAGCUAAUCCAAAAUAUUCUAAUGAGGGUCAACGAAGUCUAAAUCGUUGAAAUACAAACACCGGGUUCUCUGGAGCGGCGAAAAUGUUAAUACUGCAGAAUAUAAGCGGAAACCAAAACUCACAUACACUGAAGCUAAAACCAGUCCAAUUACGGCUUGGUUUUCUCUCUCUUUGUAAGGGGAGAUGGCCGAUUGCCGGAAGAUCUUCUCCACCAAUCCUAAAGAUUACCAGCUCCUCGAGGAGGUCGGUAAUGGCGGCAGCGCCAUUGUUUACAAGGCGAUCUAUAUCCCUUGCGAAGAAGUUGUUGCCGUCAAGUGUCUAGAUCUCGAUCGAUGCAAUAGCAAUCUUGAAGACAUACGAAAGGAGGCUCAGACUAUGUUAUUAAUAGAUCAUCCGAAUGUAAUAAAGGCAUACUGUUCGUUUGUUGUUGAACACAAUCUCUGGGUGGUUAUGGCGUUCAUGGCAGAGGGUUCUUGCCUGCACCUUAUGACAGUAGCAUAUCCUGAUGGAUUUGAAGAGUCUGUAAUUGGUUCAAUCCUUAAAGAAACCCUAAAGGCUUUGGAGUACCUCCAUCGACAUGGACAUAUCCAUCGUGAUGUCAAGGCUGGAAAUAUCCUUCUUGAUAGUAAUGGUGAGGUGAAACUUGGUGAUUUUGGAGUUUCAACUUGCAUGUUUGACAAGGGUGACAGGCAGCGUUCGAGAAAUACUUUCGUGGGGACACCAUGCUGGAUGGCUCCAGAAGUUUUGCAGCCAGGAAGUGGAUAUGAUUUCAAAGCUGACAUUUGGUCAUUUGGAAUAACUGCUCUGGAGUUGGCUCACGGUCAUGCACCCUUUUCAAAAUACCCUCCGAUGAAGGUUCUCCUGAUGACCAUCCAGAAUGCUCCUCCUGGACUUGAUUAUGACCGUGACAAAAAGUUUUCGAAGUCCUUUAAAGAUAUGGUUUCCAUGUGCUUGGUGAAAGAUCAAACGAAGAGGCCAACAGCAGAGAAGUUAUUGAAACACGCUUUUUUCAAGAAUGCAAAGCCUCCGGAGCUUUCUAUUAAAAGUCUAUUAACUGGCUUGCCACCACUUGGGGAACGUGUAAAAACCCUCCACCUUAAGGAUGCUGCACAAUUAGCUCUCAAGAAAAUGCCUUCAACAGAACAAGAAGCACUAUCACAGAGUGAGUACAAACGAGGUGUUAGUGCAUGGAACUUUGAUAUUGAAGAUUUGAAAGCCCAAGCAUCACUGGUUCAAGACGAUGUUGAUUUGCAAGGAAUAAAGGAAGAAGAUGAAGAAAGCAUAAGAUCAUGUGUCAAUAAUAAGGAUGCAUCUGCUUCCAGUUCUAUUGUGGCAAAAUCAAUUUCUAUGGCUGAUAUUGAUGGCCGGUUUGAGAACGAGAAUCAAUCAGCAAAUGAAAAAGUCAAACGCGAAGUAAGGAGGGCACCUAGUUUUAACGGUCCACUGAUGCUACAGAAUCGAGCUUCUGCAAAUAGCUUCUCAGCUCCCAUAAGGUCUUCAGGUGAUUCUAUGGAUGAGAAGUCAAAGGCCAAUAUGGUACAAAUAAAAGGCCGGUUCUCAGUAACAUCUGAAACUGUGGACCUUGUAAAGGAUAUUACAUUAGGUUCAGUUUCACGAAGAUGUAUACAGGAAUCACCUCUAAAGAAGUCUGCUAGUGAUGGUGACUGGCUAGUUGAUUCUAAAUAUAUGCCUGGCAAUCAACCACCUAAGGAAGUAAGCAACAGUGUGGUACCUGCAUCAAUUCUCAUGCCUCAACUCCAAAACCUUUUUCAGCAGACCACAUUCCAACAAGGUCUGAUUGUGAAUUUGUUGAAUAGCUUGCAACAAACUGAGGCUGUGGAUGCUUUUCAAAGUGGAAAGUUUGCACCACAACCUUGCAACUCAGAGAUCGAUGCAAGUGUUGAAACAGCUGCCUCUGAAAGGGAGCAGUUAUUGCUCGUGAAAAUUUCAGAGCUUGAAGCCAGGGUGAUUAAUCUAACUGAUGAAGUAGCUGAGGCAAGGUUGAAAUAUCUGCAGUUGCAACUGCAGCUAAAUGCUGCAUAUGAUCGGGAAGAAGAAAGGAGCAAAGUAGGGAAAGGGACAGCUUAAAAAUGGAAAAUUCGGAACUGUAAAAAGAAAGUUUCAUGUAUUCAGCACCUGUGUAGAGCAACAGAGGCAGACACACUGGUUUCAAAAUCAUGCUUCUCAACAAUAAAAAUCAGGCCCUCCAGUAUUUGUCAAUGCUUUUGAUUCAUUCUGAUAGACAGGAAAUGAGAUCUUCCAUGACCAUGACCUAUGUCAUUUGAUUUAUUCAUUGGGUUAUUAUUUUUUGAAGAAGUCUGAUAAGAAAUGUGCUGUUGUGGUAUUGGUGGUAAGGAUGGUGCUGAUUCUAUGUUAAUUAUAUUUCAAGAUAAAAGAUGUAACUAAUGUUUUAAUGUUUUAUCUGUCAUAGGAUGUCUGUUUGUACUAAUAUAAGAAAAAGGCCAUUGUUGAAGU